AACUGCGAGCACGGAACUUGUAGUGGUGUUUACCGAAGAAAGGACAACUAGGCAGGCUGUCUGUGUAAGACCUCUAAGAUGUUCAACGUGCAGUUGUGAAUGUCCUGACAAACCGAAGAUGUCACCAGGUCUCCGACUGUUUUUGUCCGUAGUGGGCAUAUGCUGGUUGGCCGUUUUAAGUGACUCAAGUGUGCUCCUCACUGCCCCGGGAACAGUAGAUUUAGAGCAAGGGGCAUCUAAGAAUAUUACUAUUGGCUCAAGUGCCUCACUGAACGUCACUGUUGCCAUCCUUUUCAACAUCACCUUUGCAUCACAGAAUUACACUGCAGUCCUUGGACUUCCCAGACAGGUGCUUCUUCCAGCUGAAAGCACCUCCACUCAGUUUGAGGUCCUGGCAAAAGAUGUAGGUCAAGUCACUGCUUACUUAUACAGUAACAAUACAGAAAUAUCCAGUCUCACAACGAGGAUCAGAUUUCUGGUGGUCAGAAGUAACAUUCUUGCAAUAAUCAAUCAAGUCAUUGGUUGGAUCUACUUUGUGGCGUGGUCUAUUUCGUUCUAUCCUCAGGCAUAUGAAAACUGGAGACGGAAAAGUGUUGUGGGCCUGAACUUUGAUUUCCUCGCACUCAACCUAACUGGAUUCUUUGCCUAUAGUGUCUUCAAUGUGGGCCUUUUCUGGGUACCCUACUUUAAGGAGGAGUUCUUGAAAAAGGAUCCAAAUGGAGUGAACCCUGUGGAUGCCAAUGAUGUGUUUUUCAGCCUUCAUGCGGUGCUGCUGUGCCUGGUGUAUAUCUGCCAGUGUGCUAUGUAUGAGAGAGGAGGGCAGAAAGUGUCAAGGGUAGCCAUCGGCUUACUAGUGUUGGGCUGGACCUUUGCGCUGAUUUCCCUCUUCGUGGCCGUGGCUGGAAAGAUUACCUGGCUGGAUUACCUAUACUACUUUUCCUACAUUAAACUGGCUGUCACUUUGGUCAAGUACAUCCCUCAGGCCUACAUGAACUUCCAGAGGAAGAGCACAGAAGGCUGGAGCAUUGGCAAUGUGCUGCUCGAUUUCACUGGAGGCAGUUUCAGCAUCAUUCAGAUGUUCCUGCAGUCGUACAAUAAUGAUAAAUGGAGACUCAUUUUUGGAGAUCCAACAAAGUUUGGCUUGGGUUUGUUCUCCAUAUUUUUUGAUGUGAUCUUUAUACUUCAGCACUAUUGUUUAUACCGGAAACCAGGUCCCACGUAUCAAAUAAUACAAGAUGGAGAGUAGGAGUGAGCGUGAACUUUAUACCACAAAGGCCUUGUCAUGUUUGGUUAGUUUGAUAGUUUAGAGUUAUUUUAAUUCUAAACUAACUCUAUGAUUUAAACUCCAAUCUAAUCUUAAGGGAUCAGAGACAUCAUGAAUGUUCGUCUUGGUGUAGUCAUUGUACCCAUGUGUAUAAAUGUUGAGGUAAAUGAGAACAUGCUAUCAGCAUUUGCACCAAAUACACAGAUUUGGCUCUUGAUUUUCAUUGAAAUUUAAAUAUUUGAUUCAGAUAAAUUCUAGAUUGUAUUCACAUAGGAAAACAAUCUGAUAUAAUCACAAGGGAACCAUUGUCCAUGUUUGCUAAAAAAAAUAUUCCAAGGUCAUAACAAAGCAAUAUUUGAUAUUUUCCAUGUUUGUAGUUGUCACAAAUGUCACAUGGUAUGUUUCUGUUUAGUAUGUUUUUUGUUUGUUUGUUUGAUUUUUUUAUAUAUAUAAAAGGGAACAUUUAAGAGUAGUAAACAUUUUCAGAUUCUUUUAUUUUUUUCUUCCUUAAAAAUCCAUGCAAACCAGAAGUCAAAUGUAAAACUGCUCAUCGCCCCCUGUGCCGGCUGGAGCCUGGAGCAUAGCAUUUUGAAUGGUUAUACUUUUAAUAAUUAUAGGUUUAAUAAUGAAAUAUGAAUGGAGUGCUAAGAUAAGAUUGAUACUUGAAUACACCUAUCUUGAAUACACCUAUCUUUGCUCCCUGGUAUCUUUGGCAUUUUAAACACUCCUAGGUUUGGCCUAUUCUGUCCUUUCUUGGUGUGUAGCCUUGGAAACAUAUAAUCCUAUAUGCAAAUAAUACCGGUCUACAAAGAAGCACUUUGGUAACGUGGCCUACUUUACUACUUUACUGAAUAAUGUUCUAGAGGUAAUUGCUCUUUUUUCUGGUAUUGCCAGUCAAUAAAAAAUCUAUUAUUGUGUAUUUACCUUUAUAGAAAUGCAGCCCACUCUAUUUUUGUAUACAAUAAUACUAUGAACGUAUGAUAUAAGAUUAAAUGUAUGAAAUAAAAAGUUUUUACUGUU